AUGCAACCUGUCCUGGACGGUUCUAACACGGCUCGCAAUGUCUUGCUUCCAGUGAAUCUCACUGAACAUAGUAGGCGUGCCCUGGACUGGUAUGCCGCAAACAUCUACAAGCCGGAUGACAUUAUUCACGUGCUCUACAUUCUCGAACCUAGCUAUGCGGCCAAUAACUUUGGACUAACUGCUGGCGGUGGCCAAGUGCUCUCCGGUGAGAUCAACUCCAUGCUGGCGGAGCACAUUGAGCUCUCACAGACGCUGGGACACGAGUUCCUGUUGCGCAUCCAAGAACGCGGUCUGCAAGGCAACUAUGUUCUGAGCGUGGGAACACGUCCAGGGGAGCAGAUAGUCUCCUACGCUAAGGAGAAUAACGUGGAUUUAAUUGUCAUGGGGAGUAGAGGUGUAGGAGCCCUUCGGCGUACAGUGUUUGGCAGUGUAAGUGACUACGUCCUGCAUCGCACUAACAUCCCCAUGGCAGUCGUCCCGCUAAACAAGGUCCCUAAGGAGCCACGACGGUACUCCAUGAAGUAG